GCCUUUUCAUUUAUAUUCGUGUAAAAAUGAUCAAAAGAAAAACAAGGAACAUUAGGACUAAACUCAAUAGCGAUGAAGAAGCCAGUACUGAUACAAGCUCUUUCAUUUCUGUUAUAAAGUCGGAAACAGAAAAGGAUCAAAAAAAAAAACCUAAAAAGGGUAAAGCUAUCCUUAGUUUUGGGAUUGAUGAGGAAGAACAAGGCGAAACCUUUCAAAUAACAAAGACUGCUGCAAGUCGUCGUCUUGCAAAGUCAAAAUCCAAGAAGCUUCAUAUUGAUCAUCAAUCAAUUUCUCAAGAUUCAGAUCAAAUAACGCCUUCCUAUACUGAAGAAAUGUUAUCAGAAUUACGUGCUAGUACACCAUCAGCGCCGGCUUCCUUUCAGUUUCAGGAUAAUCUUGAAAAAUUUUCAUCCACUCUUGGUGAAGGGAAUAUUUUUGGUAUACCCGAUGCUAGUGCUAUUAGUGCAGCUAAAAAGGAAAGAGAGAUGCGACGAAAGAAAGGAUUAUCUGAUGCUCCAGAUUAUAUUCCUUUAUCAGAAGAUACUGAUAUUAUAACUACAUCAGGCAAGAAAAUGGAAUCAAGGUUGGUUCGUGAAGAGGAUGAGUUGGGUGAAGCAGAUGAAGAACUUGAACGAUACAUGAAUGAAAAACUUGCUAUUGGAAAAAAAGCCAAAAAAGAACAGGAACGUCUUAAAAAAGCAGAUAUUGAAGAAAUGAUCAUGGAUGUAGAUUUUGAAGAUGAAGAUGAUGAAAUGUUACAAUGGGAAUUAGAAGCUAUGAAAGCGGGUGGUCAUAUUCCUAAAAAAUAUUCACAAAAAACUCCUGAUCUAAUGAAACAAGUGAAACAAGCUAGAAUACCUACUGUUGUUCCUGUUCCUACAUUAAGUGAAGUUCAAUCGCAUCUAGAGAGUCAACUGAUAGAUUUACAAGAGCUUUAUAAUAAUCACCAAGCUGAACUUACUCAAACACAAAGUGUACUUGACAGUAUUACGUCUUCAAACGCACAAAUGGAUAUUGAAAUGCAAAAUACAAAAAAACGUUAUACCUAUUUUCAAGAGCUUAAAACGUUUGUUGAAAAUCUUGUAGAAUUUCUUGAUGAUAAGUUUCCAAUACUGGAGAAACUUGAAAAAGAUUAUCAGGAAGUACUCAUUAAAAAGUCACAGCUUAUUAUGCAAAGAAUUAUGGAAGAUGAUACUUAUGAUAUUGAAUUAUUCAGUACAAAUGAAGCAUAUGUAAAUUCUGAUGUUAGCAAUACAAUUCGUCAGCAAAGAGGACAACAACGUGAUCAUAGACGAUCUCUUCGAAAAAAUAAUACACAUGUAGAUAAGUUAGAGGAAGAAGGUUUUUCUACAGACGAAGAAUUAAGUAUAAGUGAUGAAAAAGAAAUUGCUAAGGAAAUAGAUGAAAUUUCAUAUCACCAUACUAAGUUAUUUGAAGAUGUAACUGAUGAUUUUAAAUCAAUUGAAUUAGUAAAAUCUAAAUUUAUAUCUUGGAAAACCGAAUUUAAUGAUGAUUAUACAAAAGCAUAUGGAGGGUUAAGUUUACCAGGUGUAUUUGAAUUUUAUGUUAGAUAUGAAAUAAUGUUAUGGAAUACAUUAAAGUUUGAUCGUAUGGAGUGGUAUAAAGUUAUUUCAGAAUAUUCUAUUCCUGAAUCAAAUACAAGUCAAAUAAGAACAGAUGAUGAUUUUACUAUUUUAAGCAAAGUUUUUGAGAAGAUAAUAUUACCAAGAAUAGCAUAUUUAGUAAAAACUUUGAAUCCAUAUUCUUCAAAACAAACAAUGUCUUUUAUUGAAAUAUUUGGGAAUAUAUUAAACCACAUAGACAGAAAAUCCCAGAAGUUUCAGGAUGUAAUUAACGAAGUUUCAAAACGUCUUCAGAAUGUAGUUAUGUCUCUCGAAACCAUACCUGAGAACAUAAAUAUACCAGCUGAUUCAAAUAAGGAUAUUUCAACAGCACAAGACCGGUACUUUUGGCGCAAAUACAAGUUGUUAAGAAACCUUAUAAUGUGGAAAGAGUUUGUUUCAAUAGAUGUUCUUCGAUCAUUAUCAAUUGAUUGUUUACUUAAUCAAUAUUUAUUAUGUAUUUUAAACAAUUCAUACAAUUCAUCAAAAGCAGAAAAAUAUCAAAAGAUACUUAAUAUCAUUCCAAGUGAUUGGCUUUCUCCGUCUUUAUUAGAAGAAAUUGCACGUGGAGCUGCAGGAUUUUAAUUUAAUAAAUAUGCCAAAAAAUCCAAAGAAGUUGUGAGCUUUUUUAGCCUAUACUGUGUAUGAUAUUUCUUCAAAGGAAUACUGUCUGAUCAAAAUUCAUCAUAAUAAUUUACAUAUGUGCUCAAGUGUAUAAUUAAAAAAAUAAGUUUCUCUUUAAUAUAAUAAUCACGACUUAAUAUCUCAGGAAAGAAAAGGAUGAGCAAAUUUUUUAGCUAUUAAAUUUAAAUUGCAAAUUGCAAAUACCUAAAUAAUAUUCUACAGAAAUAUGAUCUAUAUUAAAACUAAGGCUAAAGUUGAUGUUACGAUAAUACAUUAUUAUACAUAACACGUAAUUUAGUUUUUUUUUUAUCAAAAAAAAAAAAA